AUGUCUCCGUCCUGUGACAGGGAAGUCGUGACCGAAUCUUCAGAGACACAAAUUAAUGGCUCCUUAAACCUUGGUCCCUGUACUGUACUGUCCUCUCCUGAUGAGGCUCACAGUCCAAUACCAGGAGGCCCGCUGUCUACGUUGCUCAUUGGUCGUUCCCACAGCGGAAACACUGACGCCACUGACGACCCGGCGAUAGAAGCCCCAAGCCAGGGGACUGUCAGUCAGUUAGAGUCGCAGGAUACGGAGUUAUCAUUGGAAAAGGCAUUCGAGGACGUCGCCACUGAGCCUUCCCCGUUCCAAUCCUGUCAAUGCACCGAGGAAGCACUCGAACUGUUAGAGCAAGUAUGCGUUCAAGGCAGGGAACGGUGGUCCACCUUUGGGGGCUCUAAAAGUUCUACGUUCGAGAAUUGGGCCACUGUACGCGCCGUAGUCCUAAGGCUGGGGUUGUUCGCCACUUGCUUCGACUGCAAGGAUGUGCCGCGGCUGAUGACGCUCCUCGUUUUACUCUCUGAGCGUCUUUGCGCUGUGUUCCGCAUCACUCUGGAAACCACCCCCUCAGAGGACGUUCUAGGAUCCGGAGUCCCGAGUCGACAAGAAAUAUAUACGUAUUCUGAUACAUUGAGAGGAUACCGAAUGUCACAUCGCACUGAUGGGUAUGACGACCCGACUGUUACGCUAUGCUGCGGCAGGUACAGCCUGGAUGUAUCGGAGGAAACAUCGACGCUGUUUAUCACCUUGUACUUGGCGUCACUGCAGCAAUUCCGCAAGGCACUAAUAAUCUUGUGGGAUCGGGCGCAGGAGGAGCAGUCCCACGGGCAUCUGGAAACUCUUCGAAGUAUCAAGGAACAGUUGCAUGCUGUAUCUGUAGCCAUGAAUGCUCGGCUCACGGCCGAGUAG